AUGACCAGUACACGAUUUCAAGAAUGCUGCCGUACCUUACUGAAAUUUCAACGUCGAAAUUUACAUUCUUCCGUGAAUUUAAGAGUAGGUACUUUUGGAAGACCCAAUAAAUCGAUUCUGUCAGAAUUGGGAUUCUCUAAAUAUUAUAAGAUAAGAUCUAAUAUUGGUUUAUUGAUUCAAGAUUUUUCAAAGAAACCAGUACCGUCGGUAUCAUAUGAUUUUUUGACAACUUAUAAGAAGCUGCAUUUAAAUUCAAAUGAACAAUAUACAUUAACAAUUAAAACAAUAAAUUAUCUUCUGUCAUUUACAUGCAGGCAAUUAAAUUCCAUUCAGAGAUUACCAUAUAUCGUAAUUUUAAACCCCAAAGUGGAGGAAAGCUAUUCGUUAUAUAUGAAGACACUCAAAUCUUUGUUAUCAGUAAGGUAUCCUUACGACUUAUAUCAAAAGGACAAAAUGAUAGCUUUAUUCACUGAAUUUUUGAAUGACCAUAACGAUACAUUGUUGACUUUAUCUAAUGGGUUACGAGAAAUUACGGAUUACUAUCCUCGUGAGUCUGUUUUCCAGUUUUUAAAUGAUCAUUUGCAAAAUAGGAUAACAAUGAAAUUACUUGUUACACACUACUUGAAUCUGAUUACUCAUGAUACCAGUGACUCUCGUCACAUUGGAAUUAUAGAGAAAGAUCUAUCCGUUUCCAAAUUGAUAAAGCAUUGUUGGGAUUUUGUUGGUGACCUUUGUUAUAUUAAGUACGAUAUAAAUUCAUUGAAGAUGACGAUCAAUGACGGUAAAGAUGUGACCUUUUCAUGUAUUCCACUCGUAUUAGAAUAUAUUACGACAGAAAUUCUGAAAAAUUCUAGUAGAGCACAAAUUGAAUCUGAACAAUUAGAAAAACCAAUAGAAGUAAGUAUAUACAAGUACGACGAUGAUGAAUUGACAAUAAAAAUAAGAGAUUAUGGUGGAGGGAUUCCUCCCGAUGUAGAAGACAAGAUAUUUGAUUACUCGUAUUCUACAAACGAUUUUGAUGAUUCCUUGAAUGCGAACGAGGAGGCAAUGAAUCCUGGAGAGCAAUUUAAUAAUGUGGCAGGAAUGGGAUUCGGAUUGCCUCUAUCUAAAGCUUACUUGGAGUUAUUCGGUGGUAAAUUAGAAAUUCAAAGCCUUUACGGGUUAGGUACAGAUGUGUACAUCAAAGUUAAGGGACCAGGAAAUGAUAGCUUCGAAUAA